AUGACAGUUAUUGUUGGAUCAUUAUUUCUUCCUUAUACGGUACAUUUUCAAAUAGCUAAAGAUCAAUAUGAUUAUUUAAAACAAGAAGAUAGUUCAAAAUUACAAUCAAUACAAUUAUCUGGAGAAAAUUCAAUAAUUGGAUCUAAUAAUAAUUCAACUUCACAAUUUCCAAUAAUUGAUAGUACUACUUCAGAUCAAGCUUCAAUUAUUCCAUCAUUAUUAAGUCAAAAAUUAAAUUUAUCAUCAUCUACACCAAAAUCUCAAUCAUCAACUUUAAAUAAUUCAAUUCGUUCAGAUACUCCUGAAGGAUUUUUUUAUAAUCAAAGAAAUAUUUUACAAAGGAAUAAAUCAAAUAGUAAUACAAAUACAUUGAAAUCAUCAUCAACAACAGGAUCAACAGGGUCGACCGGAGUAACUUCAACCACCACAGCAAGUCCAGAUCAUCAUUAUAUUCAACCAAGACCAAGAUUAGGAAAUAGAAUAGAUAGUUCAAUAUUAGAUCCAAAAAAGCCAACUUCAGAUGGCGUAACAAGUAUAAAAAUUUCAAGAUCAUCAACUAAUUUAUCAUCAUCAAGUCCAAAUUAUGUUGUUAAUAGUGGUAUAAGACCUCCAAAUCAUAGAUCAAAUUCUUCAUUUUUAAGAAAUAAUAGCACUAGUACUGAAAAUCAAAAAUUUGGUUUUACUAUUCAUGGAAAUAGUAGUUAUAAUUCUAUAUUAUCUGAAGAAGGAGAGAGAAAUAAUAAUAAUAAUAGCAGUAGUGGAGGAGGUGCUGGUAGUAGUGAUAAUAAGAACAAAAGUAACACCGAAAAUAAUGCAAUGAUCCCCUCCUCAUUUGAAGAUGAAGAUGAAGAUGGUUUAACAGGUUUUGAAAAAAAUUAUAAACAUUCUGUUUCAAAUAAUAGAAGAUUAGCUCCAUUUGGUGGAUUUUCAAAACCUGGUAUUGAACAUACUUUAUGGAAUGAAGAAAAUAUUUUUGAUACUGCUGAAUGGACUGUUGAUUCAAGUGAUGAUGGUAAUGGUUCAUUAACUAAAGCUUUAGAUAUUUCUGUUAAAAAUGGAAUAUUAGAUCAAAAUAAAUGGGUUGGUAUUAUAGCAAUGCCAAGUGAUACUAUAUCAGAAGAUGUUAAAAAUAAAAUUUCAUCAAAAUUAAGUAAAGAAUAUAAUUGUGAUGCUGUUUUUCCUAAUGAUAUUACAUUUGAAGGUCAUUAUAAAUCAUUUUGUAAACAGAUUCUUUGGCCAACUUUACAUUAUCAAAUUCCUGAUGAUCCAAAAUCAAAAGCUUUUGAAGAUCAUACUUGGGGUCAUUAUAAAUUAAUGAAUCAAAUUAUAGCAAAUAAAUUAGUUGAAACUUUUAUUGAAACAAAUGGUGAUUGUAAUUUUGAAGAUUCUCAAAAUAUGAUUUGGAUUCAUGAUUAUCAUUUAUUAUUAGUUCCAAAAAUGAUUAGAGAAAAAUUACCAAAUGUUAAAAUUGGAUUUUUUUUACAUGUUUCUUUUCCAAGUUCUGAAGUAUUUAGAUGUUUUGCUCAAAGAAAUGAAUUAUUGGAGGGAAUGUUAGGAGCUAAUUGUAUUUCUUUCCAAACUAAUGAAUAUAUUCGUCAUUUUAGACAAACUUGUAAUACUUUAUUAAAUGAUGUUAUAGUUAAUGAUAAUGAAAUUAUUUAUAAAAAUCAAUUAACUAUAGUAAAUACAAUACCAGUUGGAAUUGAUUCACCAUCAUUAAGAACGAAAGUUUAUAGUGAAGAAGUUAAAGAAUGGAGAAAAUUAAUUAGAGAACGAUGGAAUUCAGAAAAAUUAAUAAUAAGUAGAGAUAAAUUAGAUAAAUUAAGAGGUAUAAAACAAAAAUUAUUAGCUUAUGAAAAAUUUCUUAUAAAUAAUCCAAAAUUUAUUGAAGAUACUGUAUUAAUUCAAAUUUGUAUUGGAUCAUCAUCUGAUCAAAAUUAUGAAAAUGAAAUUAUGAAAAUUAUUUCAAGAAUUAAUUCAUUACCUGAAAAUAUUUCAAUAAAUCAACCUGUUGUAUUAUUACAAAAAGAUAUUGAAUUUGAACAAUAUUUGGCAUUACAAUGUGAAGCAGAAACUUUUAUUGUAAGUUCAAUGAGAGAAGGUUUAAAUUUAACAUGUCAUGAAUUUAUAACUGCAACAGAAGAAAAAAAAUCUCCUUUAAUUUUAAGUGAAUUUACUGGUUCUUCUGAUUUAUUAUCAUGUAAUGGAAAAGGAGCUCAAUUAAUAAAUCCAUGGGAUUUAAAAAAAUUUUCAGAAACCUUUUUGUAUGCUUUAAAUAUGUCCAAGGAUGAAAAAUUAAAAAGAUGGGAAAAUUGUCAUCAUUUUGUAUUAACUCAAGAUUCAAAACAUUGGGUUGAACAUUGUUUGGAAAGUAUAAAUAAUGCAUGGGAUAAGCAAAAACAAUAUCAACAGCAACAUUAA